AUGGCGAGUUCAACACUUCCACGCGUCAGACGGAUUGUUACAGGUCACGAUUCCCGGACUGGCUUAGCGAAUGUUGAAUGGGAUUCGAUGCUCGCAUUCGAAGAAAUUCCCGGGAUGACUGGGGCAAUGGCUGCACCUGUCUGGGUGAGCGAAGGGCUUCCGACGACCGAUAACAACUCCGCGCAAGACGGCGGAUUAAGGCUGGUUGACGGAAUUGUGCAUCCCACAGGAACUAAUCUGAGAGCAACUGAUCUCGCUCCCGGGACGGAGACACCGAUGCAUCGCACAACUUCGUUGGAUUAUAACAUACUUCUCGAAGGGGAAGUUAUCUUGAUUAUGGAGGAUGGGUCGCAAACCCACCUCAAGACACCAGGUGACACUGUGGUGAUGCGAGGUGGAAUGCACGCUUGGCGCAACCCUUCGACUUCAUCAUGGGCACGUUGGACUAGUGUUAUCAUUCCAGCGGAGCCUGCGGUAGUUGGAGGCCAGGUUUUGCAGGCUGAAAUCAAGACAUGA